AUGGAAUUGACAUUCAAAACGGAUGAAGCCUGGAUCAACCUAUUUGUCGGUGGCAAGGUAAUACUGAGCUAAAAUGAGCAAUACAUUAUUUCCUAUUUUAGAUCUAUCCAGUACAGUUGAAGACGCUUCUAAACCCCUCCACUCAUGGUAGCUACUUUCGAGAUCGGAUACGAAAUGAUGACGUCAUUAAGGUGGGUAGAGUGAGAUUUUUUUUUCUAAAAGUGACGUCAUAAAAUCAAAAUUUGGACGCUCUUUUGAAUAAAACUUGAGCAAAAGGCUCAAGAAUAAUUUUUCCAGAAUUAAAAAUUUUAUCCUGUUGAAAAAAUGAACAAGUUUCCUUCUCAAAGCAUCAUUUAGCCCUUGUUAAGAAGCUCAUGACGUCAUAAAGAAAUCUAAAAUGACGUCACUAAAAAUUAGUUUUUGUGUCGCAAUUCACUACUGGAGAUAAAUAUACAAAUUUUUUUAGAAUUUUUCGGACUUAUUAAAAAAACCUUACAAAAGGCGAUAAUGACGUCACUUUUAACCUUGUUUUGAAGCAAAUGACGUCAUAAAGCUAUCCAAAAUGACGUUACUGAAAAAUUAAUUUUUGUGUUGGAAAUUUCUAACAAAGAAAAAAAUUCUGAAGUUUUUUCCAGAUUUUUUUUUUUGAAACUAAAAACACGUCCAAAAUAACAAAUAUGACGUCAUUUUUAACGUUUUGGAUCAAAUGACGUCAUAAAAUGAUCCAAAAUGACGUCACUACUAUAAAAUUACAGGUCCACUGCGUACAAUGGGACAACUCGCCGAAUCACAUCAAAAACCGAAUGGAUAUUGAUCGUGACGGUGAACUUUUCCGACAGGUACGGCAUGACUGAGCUUUUAAAAAUGUUAACUGAGUGGUCACUUAAGGUGCUUCAAUUUAUGAGAAACGGCAAGGGAACCAGUUUGCCUGAGGAUCGGUUCACAUUGCAAAGCUUAUUGGUUUGUUUUUUAUUGGGAAGUUUCAAGUUAGCUCCAUUGAUAAUCAAAACAAAAAGGCCUGAUAAAGUUGUAAAUUCAAGAGAAAGCUCAAAAAGGGUAAAAUUUGAUUUUUUAAUGUCGGAAAAACAAUUUCGUUGAAAGUUUGCUCUAAAGAUAAGAGAGAUAUAUAAUCAGAUAAAGAAACCAAAUGUUUCUGGGCGAUUCUAGUGAUCACUUAAGAGUGCUGACGCUACUAAAGUGGUCACUAGAAAUGCUUCGACACGUCCGGGGCGCUUUACGAAGGUCCGAGUAAAAAUCAAAAAAAAAAAAAAAUUGGAGUGAGCCCAGAAUUCGAGUGAGAAGCUCAGAGAAAGAAUUUUAAAUUUGCCUUUUAAUUUUUAUGAAGGCUAUUGCUCCGUCGAAAGUUUGCUCCAUGGACAAAAAACCGAAAAAUGCCUGAUAAAGCUCUAAAUUUUAACAAAGAGUUAUCUACUAAGAAUUUUUGAGACUUCAGAAUUUUAUUGGAUAUUUUGUUUUAUUUUCUCUUGAUACAGCGAAUUUUCAGUGAGUUCAUUAUUGAUGUCGAGUAGAGAAACUGAGGUAUAACCUUCAAAAAUAAAUUUUCAAGCUCAUUCGUCAAAAAUUGAUACCAGAACUUUAUCAACCUAACAUCCCGAACUUUUUUCGCUGACAAGGAAAUUGUGGGAGAUGAACAUGGCAGACCUGGUUCAAACUUCUGUGAUAGGUAGUCCCAGGUAUGAGGAUUCGAAAACAGAAAGAAUUAUCUGCUUAGUUCCAUAGGGUGCUGAGAAAAAGCCUGUCAAAAUGUACGGGGAAAAAAGUGACUUUUUUGGUUUUUCGAUUUUUAGAGCGUCUAAUUUCACCGAACGACAUUCCGCUGUGCCGCUAUGCCCUUUGCGAACCUUGGUCGCGUUUUAAACUUUUUUUUUUUCUUUUAUUAAGGUACUCUACUUUCAUGUGCUCCCACAGCAAUAACAAUAAAUUGAAAGCGUGAUCUAUAUUCGAAAGACGCUUCGCGAACGCUCGCAGCGGAACAGCGGAAUGUCGUUCGGUGAAAUUUCAAGUCUUGGCCCACAGACUAUACUGUUGUUCACUGUAUCAUGAGAAUCACGAAAAAGAGACUUUUUGCACGAAAAACCCAAAGAGGAUUCGUUUUUGAGCUUUUCCUGUACAUUUUCGACAGGCUAUUUCUCACUACCCUAUGGCUCUUAGCAGGUGAUUCUUUUUGUCUUAAGAUACUCAUACCUGGGACUACCUACCACAGAAGUUAGAACCAGAUAUGCGAUUUUCAUGUCAGGGAAAAAUGUUGACAAUUUUACUCACGAAAUUACAGAGCGAGGCCGAGUUUUUCGGGCUUGAAAGGUACCGGGAUAUGAUCAGGAAGCGACUUUGGAAAAUGACCGGCAGGGCUCAAUUCUUACUCGUGUUACUCCGAUUCGGAAUGACAAGACAAAGAGCUUGA